GCUUGGUUUAUCAGUGAUCGAACUUUGUCAAAUGCCUGAAAUCGACUUAGCUCCAUUAGUUGAAACUCCAAAAACACUAAAUCAGAUUGCACAAAGAAAACAGAAAUUUUUCAUUAGAAUGAAACCAACCUUAGAAGAUAAAGAGGAAUUGAUGAAGCUGUUGAAACGUGCAGCAUUUCAACCACCGCUUGAUUUUAAAUUGAUACUUUUCUAUCAAUAUUUAGUAGAUUAUGGUUCAAAUGAAAAUUGUCCAAUGAUUGAUCAAGAUUUAAUAUUUCACAUUGAAGUUUUACGUUUUGAAGAACUUCAUCGUGGUCAUGUUGAACAUAGUUUAAUCAGAAAAAAAGUUCAAUGUAUUUUACAAACAUUUUUAGAAUCUGUAUUUCCACCACAAAUUCAAAUUAGUUUAUCAAAUGAAGUGAUUCAUCGCUUAGUUGGACGCAUUCAUCGUCAAACCGAUUAUAAAGGACCAAUAAGUUUAAAUUUAUUUGAUGAAGCAAUUAGACUGACUUUUAAUGAAAUUUUACCAUUUUGGGCUGGAUUUAAAAAGAAUAUUUUACACAAAUCCAGUAGUAAACAAUCCCAAAUACAGUCAACCAUAAAAUCAGAUUAUCAUCAACAAACACAACAACAUGAAGCUCCUUGGUUAUCUAGUCCAUUGACUUACAAAUAUCAUCAGGUGUUGGAAAAUCGUUUGAAAGCACAUCAAGAUUGGCAGCUGCCAUCAACUGAAAUACAACUUCCACCACAAUUUCAUCAUGAUAAAGAAACAAAUGCUUUCAGUUAUUCAAUACGUAAAGGUAUCGAUUGGAGAAAUGUUGAAAAUUGAUCAUUUGACAUCCCAGCUUUGUUUGAAUCAUAGUAUUGAAUUAGAUUACCAGAGUUACAUUCAAAACUGCUUUCAUACAGUUGAUAUUUUUUGUGUUUUAAAAACAAACGAAAAGCUAUAUAACACAGUAUUAUUAUAUACUUUUUAGAUGUAAUAAAUUUACUGUUUCUUCCGAAA